GAGCGAGAAUGCGAGAGAGCGAGAGUGAGAGAGAGAGAGGUAGAGGAGUGAAAGUGUCCUUGCAUUAAGCUGAGAGGGCAGAUGCAGGGACAGAGAGAGAGAAAGCGGGAGUGAGAGAGAGAGAGAAAGCUACAGAGCGGGAGUGAGAGAGAGAGAGAGAGAAAGCUACAGAGCAGGAGUGAGAGAGAGGCAGAGGACAGGAGCGAGGGUAACUGAAGGAGAGAGGGAUACAGAGAGACAGAGAAACAGAGGCAGAGGGAGAGAAAGCAGUGUUGCAGAUAUCAGGGACUUAACAGAGGAUUUUUAGGACAACAGUGCCGUAUUCUACCCCCCGCCCCGACCCCCCUCCUCCAACCCUCACCUCCUCUGGGCCCCUUCUUCCCUCUCUCCCCCCACACGCCCCACUCUCUCUCCUCUCCUCUCUCACUCCCUCCAUCCCCGGCGGAAUCGUCAUGGAUACCGGCAGCCCGCGGAAGAUCCAGUUCACCGUACCUCUGCUGGACUCCCACCUGGACCCCGAGGCGGCAGAACAGAUCAGAAGACGACGACCCACACCUGCCACUUUGGUAGCGUCCAGCGACCAGUCGUCUCCAGAAAUCGAUGAAGACCGACUGCCGAACCAGUUAUACAAGGCAGCACUGCUGAAUUCCCCCCGGCAACGGCGGAAGGGCGCUCGAGGCACGCCCACAAUGAAAGAGCUCCAGUUCCUGGUGGAGCACCACCUGUACAGGCAGCAGCAGGGCGGGGGGGACGAGUGCUCCUCGGAGAGCUGCCUGUCGGACCGGCCCAGCCCGGAUUCGGUCCCGGCUGGAGACGACCUCCCGGAGGACCCGGAGGGCUGGACCUCCGAAGCCCAGGCCACGGCUGAGGCCUUCGAGAAGCUCCGCUGCCAGAUGGAGGAGUUUUCCAGAGAGAGCUUAUUAGAGGCAACUGGCGGAACGGAAUGCCCCUCUCCGAAGGAGGAAGUGAGUGCCACCGCUGUUGCCGAGGCGAUGCCGACGCAACACACAGAAGCAGAUAAAGAAGACUCAGCAACAGUAUCCAGAGCAGCCCCCACUGAAAGCCCGUUGGCCGAGAAGAAGAACUGAGACCAACAGAGAGAGAAGAGAUAGUGACGGUGUCCACAGACCACCCUUUCUUUUACAUUCUCGGUUGAUGGCAGUGACGUUUCGUGGAUCAUAUAUGCUCUCAUUCCCCCACAUUCUCAAAACUUGGGCACUCCAUAUCUCUCUGACCCAAAGGCAUGCAUCCCAGGUCCUGGAGGCCUAGAGGUGUUCCUGGAUGUUGCAUCGCACAUGUAUCACCAUAGUUUGAUGGAUUUUUAACCCUUUAAAGAGUACUUUUUCUUAUGUUUCAAAUUCUGUUAGUCUUAUAGAACUCUACUUCUUUCAGUCACCAUUAGUGAUUGUUACAUCAGCAGUAGAAUGUCCAGUUAAGAACAAUCAUAUCUCACUCCUUAAAGAAUACCUAUGUAUUCAGAGUCGUGUGCAGCUCCAACACAAGGUCAUCUUUGUUUAUUAAGCCUAAUAAUUAAUACAUUUAUGCAGUUUUGGGUUUGGAUGGAGCAGAAGCUAGGACCUGCCUACCCCUGCUCUGUGGAGAGGGCCACUGGCACCUCAUUCAUCACUCAGUUAAUCUCCAGAUAAAACACAACCUUUCAUUUGAUUCCAGGAGUACAUUCUCACAUUAACUGUCAUUUUCCAACCUUGUACAGAAAUGCCAUUAAAGUGUAGCGUUGCAAGGUGAA